AUGUCCUACAUGCUGCGCUUCGCUGUGCUCGCUGCGAUGCGCUCCCAGUUCGUGCACAACGAGUGGAUCGAGAGCUAUGAUCCCACCAUCGAAGACUCAUAUCGCACACAGCUUCAGGUUGAUGGGCGCCAAGUUGUUCUCGAAAUCCUCGAUACAGCGGGGACCGAGCAGUUCGUCGCCAUGAGGGAUCUCUACAUGAAGACCGGACAGGGCUUUCUCCUCGUUUUCAGCAUCACCUCUUCAUCGUCGCUGAGCGAACUGGCUGGCUUGCGCGAGGAGAUUAUCCGGAUCAAGGAUGAUGAGAAUGUCCCGAUCGUGAUUGUGGGAAACAAGGCCGAUCUGGAGGAGAAUCGAGCUGUGCCCCGAGCCAAGGGUUUCUCCAUCUCGCAACGAUGGGGCGCGCCCUACUACGAGGCUAGCGCUAGGACGAGGACCAACGUCGAUGAAGUCUUUAUCGAUCUUUGCAGGCAGAUGCUCCGCAAGGACGACGAGCAGAGCGCCAGCAUGGAGGCAGAUGAAGGCUACAAGUACGACCACGGUCGAAGUUCGCACAAGCGUCACCGUCGCCGACGAAGAAAGGACUCGCCACGAUGCGCUAUACUGUGA